AUGUCUUUGGAGAUGGAAGAGAUUCGGCGGUCAUUUGAGGACAAGCUUUGUUCCUUCAGCUUGGUCCAAAAGCAGCUUGAGCAGGAGGGCGAGAAGCUAAAGGCCAGUCACAGACAGAAAAUGCAAGAACUCCACCAGAGCCACAAAGCAGAGGUGGACUUUUGGUCAGAGCAAGUGAAUAAGCAAAAACAGGACAAGAAAAGGGUUGCAGACGAGUUUGGAGAAAAACUCCUAAAAGCUAGAACCGAGUAUGAUUCUGAACUGAUACAAAUUCAAAAAACGGCCGAUGACCUUCUGGCACUGAAACAGAAAGAUCUUAAGACCCAGAAUGCUGAUUUGCAAAAAACAUUAGAUGAGCUGAGGUUGGAGCUAUCCCAGUUAAGUGAAAAACGAAGGGACGAGGAGGAUAAGUCUAACAAACUGCAGUAUUUGCUAAACGAGGCAACAAAUACACUAAAAGAGAUUUCUAAAAAUAACAGCCAGGAGGCAACUAUCUUAAAUCUGACUUUAAAGCAGAGCCAGCUGAAGGACAAGGAGCUUCACCUGGAAGAAAGUGAGGCAGCACUUACUCAAGCCCAAGUUCUGAACGAAAAGCAGAAGCAGCAAAUUGAGUCUUUGGAGAAGGCUCUUGGGGAGGAAAGAGCCUUGCACAAGGAUAUCGGAGAACGCCUCCAAACACAAGAGAACGAGGUCGAUAUUAUGAGAGACAACAUGGCCAAAACACUGCAGAAGGCAUUCAAUCAGUACAGUGUAAGUCUGAAAAAAUGUGAACAUGAGAAGACCCAACUACUGGCAGAACUAGAGGCCUCCAGAAAACAGAUAAAAAUACAGGCAGAAGAAUUCAAGAAUAGUGCUAGCCUGAAGAAGUCUGAAGCAGAGCGUAACAUUAAGCAACUGCUGGCUGAGCUGGAGGCAACCAGAGAUCAAGUCAAAACAUUGGAGGAAAUGUCCAAGAAACACAGUGUUAAUUUGAAGAACACAGAGAAGAAAAAGGACCAACUGCUGGUUGAACUGGGGGCAACCAGAGAUCAAGUCAAAACAUUGGAGGAAAUGUCCAAGAAACACAGUGUUAAUUUGAAGAACACAGAGAAGAAAAAGGACCAACUGCUGGUUGAACUGGGGGCAACCAGAGAUCAAGUCAAAACAUUGGAGGAAAUGUCCAAGAAACACAGUGUUAAUUUGAAGAACACAGAGAAGAAAAAGGACCAACUGCUGGUUAAACUGGGGGCAACCAGAGAUCAAGUCAAAACAUUGGAGGAAAUGUCCAAGAAACACAGUGUUAAUUUGAAGAACACAGAGAAGAAAAAGGACCAACUGCUGGUUGAACUGGAGGCAACCAGAGAUCAAGCCAAAACACUAGAGGAAACGUCCAAGAAAUUCAGUGUUAGCCUGAGGUGUGCAGAGAUGGAGAAUUCCCGGAUGAAGGCUGAACUGAAUGCCACCAUGAUCCAAGUAGAAGUACUGUUAGAGGAGUCAACAAAGAAUAAUUUAUGUCUGAAGAACUUAAAGGAGGAGAAGAUUCAACUACAGACAGAGCUGGAGCAGAAAUUUCAACAGAAGCAGCAGAAGAAGCUUUUGUUGAGGCAGCUCCAAGAAGUUAAUACACAAUUAACUGUGGCCAAUGCAGAGGUGUCCGAUAUGGAAAUACAGGUCCAUCAGAGCAAACAGAAACUGAGUGUAGCAGAGCAACAGCUGUCCACUCUGAAAGAGACCCACAGUAAACAAUUGGAGGAACUGAAAGCUGAAAUCCGGAGCACCAAAAGCUGCCUCAAUGAGACAAGUAACCAGUUAGAAUCUCUAAAGAAAGAAGUGAGCAAGCUAGAGUCACAGAAAGAAGAUUAUGAAAUCAAACAUAAGAAAGCUAUGCAGAACCAUAAACUGAAAAUGGAAAACAUAAUACGUAAAAGGCAGCUGGAGUGGGCAGAAACCCUCAGACAGAAGUGUGAGGAGCUGACAGAGUUUCAUGACAAAGACAAAACCAGUGCUCUGGAUCACCUGGCCCAGACUAAAGACAUGGAGCUGAGUGCUGCACGGGAGAACUGGAUAUGCAAAGAGCAGAAUCUAGUACGGCAGAUCUUGCAGUUGCAAGACACUUUGGAGAAGCUUCUGCCCCUCUCCAAGUCUCUGCAACAGCAGAAUGCUCAGUUCACUCAGGACAGAGAGCAUCUAUUACUUCAACUCCAGGAGACCCACUCCAGCGCUCUUCAGAAGCAGGAAGAAGUCCAUCGGAAAAACCUCAAAGAAAUGGAGCAUGAAUUAUGCCAUAAACACCAAGCUGAGAUUAAGUCUCUCCAAGAGACCCACCACCAGAGUCUGAAGACGCUCAGAGAGCAGUCAGAGCUGGAGCUACAGUCAGUGACACUUCAAUCAGAGAACAAUGAAAAAUCUAUGAUUGACGCAAUGAGGACAAAAUUAAACUUCUAUCACGCUUCUGCUAUCAAGAAAAUGAAACAAGGUCACAAACAAGAGUUGUCUGAGGUAAACAUGAAGCUGGAGGAGUGCUUGUUAAAGAAGGAAGAGAUGUUGGAUAGGAUCUCAGAGCUCGAGAAGGAGGUGUCCAACAUCCACCUCCUCCAUGAAAACAUCAGGUGCCUCACAAAGGAAGUGGAACUCCAAGGCCAACAGGUGCUAAAAACCCGGAGGGAAGCAAACCAACAAUUAUUUUUGCGUGAACAGGAAAUGGUGAAGAGAAAUGAAGAGGAGUUGUCUAAGCUGCGUCUGGUUCACAUUGAAGAAAUUCAAAACAUGUCAUCAAACUUCAAAAAGGUCCAGAAAGGGCUUGAGGACAAGGUUUCUGCACUCAAAAAACAUUUGACGGCAGCCGAGGAUAAGUACAAGAACAGAAAGAGCAGACCUGAAGAUCAGCUGAUCAUCGCUAAUCUAAAGUCUGAGAUAACAGAUCUGAAGCGCUAUAAGUUAGAAUUGGUCAAUCGAGAGAAAAACUUUAGAAUCUUCAAGGGCAGUCCAAUAAUAGGUCCCAAACCGUGCUCUCACAAACCUUAA